UAGACCAUGAAGAUCUUCAUCCAGAUCGCGUCCCUGCAGCCAGUCCGUCAGCGCAACUCCUCGGCGGCUCACGUGAUAAGCGCCCGGCCGGGGACGAGCAUCAAUGUAACGCACCUGUACGACGAGGAUCUGCGCCGCGGGUCAGCAUGGGCAUCCCGGAUUGAGAGCACAGGGGCGGCGCACCCCGUAGAGUAUCAUAUUGAAGAACACGCCCACGAGCAUGGGCCCGUAUCUACAACACACGGAUGCGGCUGCGGAGCGCUCGCCAUCGGA